CAUCCAAAACCUUAACAAUUACAAGAUUCGAUCAAGAAGAAGACGAAAAUCUAGAAGCAGCAAUGAAUCAAAGACCAGAACAAGAAAUGAGUAUUAUGGUUCAAGCUCUUAAGCACGUCAUCAAUGGCGGUCAACAACGACAAAUUGAUAAUGGGUCCCAUUCAAUUCUUCAAGAAAUUCAACGGCUCCAUCAAUUCGCCACGUGGUCAACACCAACUACUGCCACGUGUUUAACUCUCCCGCCAAAUAAAAAUUCAAAUGAAAAGCAGAGGAAGAGAAAGUAUAAUAGGAACAAAUACCGAGGAGUGAGACAGAGACCAUGGGGAAAAUGGGCAGCCGAGAUUCGUGAUCCGCAUCGAGCAAUUCGGGUUUGGCUCGGAACUUUUCAGACUGCCGAGGAAGCUGCUAGGGAGUAUGAUCGAGCCGCAGUGCGGUUUCGAGGACCGCGCGCUAAGCUUAAUUUUUCGCUUUCUGACUAUUUGCCGCAACUCGAAGAGCAACAUCAACAGCAGCAGCAGCAGGAGGAACAGAUUGUGGGAAAUGUUGAUAUAAAUGUAGGGUUUGGUAAUGAAAUAAAAGAAGAAAGAUUCGUCGAAAUAAAUGAUAGGGAGGAAAUUAUUAAUUGGAUGAAUGGUUUGAUCGACGAUAAUCCUCCUAUUCACCUCUAUGGGAUCAAAAAUGUUAAUAUCUCCACAAAAAUAUGAAGUAUAUCGUGUAUGAAUGAUUUUGUAUUAAUGAUUUUUUUGUUAAUUGAACUCCACUGUCCGAAAGUUGACAUGCGUCGAUGCAUUUGUAGGAUUGUUCACUAUAGGUUUUUCACACAAAUUAAGAAAAUUAAAAUCUUUGUAGUGAGUGGGUAUUAUUUUAAUUAAAUAGUAAUGUAAAGUAAUAAUUUGUAUUGGUAUUAUGAGAGAGAAAAGUAUUGGAAUGAAAACUACUAUUAUGCAACUAUAGAGGAUAUUAGACAGUUACCUUCAUAGAUAAAUAAUUGAUAUUGUUAGUUUCUAAAAAUAGAUUAGUGCCUAUGUAUAUAAAGAGGGAGUUACUCCAUCAAUAACACACACAAAAACUGUAAUCUUCAUAGAAAAUAAUCCCAAAAAUUUCAAUUUUUCA